AGAAUGUCCGGUGACGUCAGCACGUCUGGACGCCAUUAGAGUUGCAGCUGUUUGGAGAGCAACAACAACAACACGAACGACACUCGCACUGAACGUGCUCUGGACCGCGGAAGCCCGACGCCUCUUUCCCUCCCCCGGGCUUCACCGGCUUCUAACCACGGCCGCUCUCGGUGAGGAAACUCUGGCCUCCGCUUCCUCCUCCUCCGACUCGGACACCGGCGGAGCGUCGCCGCCCCCGCGGAAAAAGCACCGAGCCUCGGCGGCGGAGGGAGCAGGAGAGUCUGAGGCUUCAACGGGCCUUCCGUCAGUGACCCACCUAAGCCGAACCGGCAACAACAUGCAGUCGAACGGGACAGGACAGGAACAGAACCACUCGACCAACGCGCAGAACGGAGAGUCUUCCGCCGCCGGACACGCCAACGGCCUCCAGAGCAAUGUAAACCCCAGCGGAGCUGGCUCAGGUUCGGGGGCCUCCGGGACUAGUCCGGGCUCCCUGAAAAAGAAGAAGCGUCUGUCUCAGGCGGAGGAGGACGUGAUCCGCCUUAUCGGACAGCACCUACACGGGUUAGGAUUAAAUCAAACGGUGGAUUUGUUAAUGCAGGAAUCCGGCUGCAGACUGGAGCAUCCCUCUGCUUCAAAAUUCCGCAACCAUGUUAUGGAAGGAGAAUGGGACAAGGCUGAAAAUGAUCUCAACGAGCUGAAAGCAAUGAUGCAUUCACCCAACGCUAUUGUGCGGAUGAAGUUUCUGCUGUUACAGCAGAAGUAUCUGGAGUAUUUGGAGGAUGGGAAGGUUCUCGAAGCCCUGCAGGUGCUGAGAGGGGAACUGACGCCACUCAAAUACAACACCGACCGCAUCCACGUGCUCAGCGGGUAUCUGAUGUGCAGUCAUGCUGAGGACUUGAAGGCAAAAGCUGAAUGGGAGGGAAAAGGGGCGGGGUCACGAUGCAGAUUACUGGACAAAUUACAGACGUAUUUGCCUCCCUCUGUAAUGUUGCCCCCUCGGCGACUGCAGACGCUGCUCAAACAGGCGGUAGAGAUGCAGAGAGAUCGCUGCCUUUAUCACAACACCAAACUGGACUCCAGUCUGGAUUCAGUCUCUUUACUUCUGGAUCACGUAUGCAGCAGGAAACAGUUUCCCUGUUACACACAGCAGAUCCUCACCGAACAUUGCAAUGAGGUCUGGUUCUGCAAGUUCUCCAAUGAUGGGACUAAACUCGCCACCGGAUCCAAGGACACCACGGUGAUCGUCUGGCAGGUGGAACCGGAAUCUCAUCAGUUGAAGCUCUUACGGACGCUGGAGGGUCACGCGUACGGUGUGUCAUAUCUGGCAUGGAGUCCUGAUGAUGUUUAUCUGAUCGCUUGUGGUCCAGACGACUGCUCGGAGCUCUGGCUCUGGAACGUUCAGACAGGAGAACUUCGCACAAAGAUGAGUCAAUCUCACGAGGACAGCCUGACCAGCGUUGCCUGGAACCCUGACGGCAAACGCUUCGUCACCGGAGGUCAAAGAGGGCAGUUUUAUCAAUGUGAUCUUGAUGGAAACUUGCUGGAGUCUUGGGAAGGAGUGCGCGUGCAAUGCCUCUGGUGUAUGAACGACGGUCGAACCGUUCUCGCAUCCGACACACACCAGCGCAUCCGUGGUUACAGCUUUGAGGACCUAACAGACAGAAACAUCGUUCAGGAAGAUCAUCCAAUAAUGUCCUUCACUGUUUCCAAGAACGGAAGAUUAGCUUUGUUAAAUGUAGCAACUCAGGGCGUUCAUCUCUGGGACCUACAGGACCGUGUGUUGGUAAGGAAGUAUCAAGGUGUGACACAAGGUUUUUACACCAUUCACUCUUGCUUCGGUGGACAUAAUGAGGAUUUCAUCGCUAGUGGCAGUGAAGAUCACAAGGUUUAUAUUUGGCACAAACGUAGCGAACUGCCAAUCGUGGAGUUGACGGGACACACGCGCACAGUGAACUGUGUCAGCUGGAACCCGUGUAUUCCCGGUCUUUUGGCCAGCGCUUCUGACGACGGCACAGUCCGUAUAUGGGGUCCCGCCCCUUUUCUGGACACACAAGAGCCGGACGGUGUCAAUGGUACACGCAUACCGUCCAAUCACAGCACUUAAAAGAAAGAGUGGCAGCAGUAUGGACAGUUGAUGGCAGCCCUGGAACAGACCACAUCUUGUUACAAGAGAAAAACGUGAUUAAAACAUUGUCCUCCUUCACAACUACACAAGUGCAAACAUGAAAGAGAUUCAGAGCCUCGGUUUCAGGAGUUUAGAGGCAGCAGAGACCUGGCAUCGAUCUGUCUCCAUAACGACCGCUUCCAUUAUGACGGAUCUGAUCUCUUUCCUUUCGCAGGAUUCCCAUCGGGUUUCCAGAGUUCCCAUGUUACCUUACAUUAGGCCUGAUGAUGAGAAGUCCCCAAAAUCGUGGGCCACAGUGGCCAGUCAAAGCACUUGAGAUAUGUCUGCGGGGCGGUGACAAGGGUUCGGCCGGGUCUAUAAAAUCUUUCUGUUUUUCUCUUAAUCCUCCAAUGGCAGAGGACAAACACUUUUUUAAUGAAAUACUUAGUCCUAGCAAUUCUUUCGUUCCUUUAACAAAUGAUCAGUUAGGGGGUUUUGGUGUUAAUGAUGGAGUGCUGUAGUUUUUUUUAAUCUCUUCAGAACACAAAUGCAUUUGUUCAGCUCGCGACUCGUGACCGAACCCCCACCCAUACCACAUCGGCGGGGGUCACAGGUCACCUGGGCCGGUCUGAUUUCAAAGUGUUCGACUGAAUUCUGCUUCGGCCUCCCUACUGUAGCACAGCCUUGUGUGUUUGUGUUCAUAUGUGCCUGAAUCUAUGACUGAGCGUGUGUGUAUGCGUGCUUGCGUCUAGCACUGUUUCACACCAGCGAGUGUGUCCCUUGUUUAGCUGUACGAAUAAUUUUAACAGGAUCUGAUUGAAGCCCCAGAGACCUUUCAUCUGUGGAACAAAAACUUGAGAACCAUUUUGUAUUUUUGUUUAUUUUUUAAAGGAAAGUUAUUAGCAAAAUUUCUUUUUUCACCAUUUACCUUAGAAGUGGCAUUCAGGAGAGAGACUUUGUUGUUAGUUCAAAAGAAAAAUCACUUGAAAUGCGCAAUUCUGAUCUUCACCGUAUUCGCAGAUGCACAAAUAUUAAAACGAAGCCGAACUUGACAAAUGUAACGGCUUUAAAAGUUACUGUGACAUUCGAACUGUCAAUCAGAUAUUCCGAUUUUAUUGAGGAGUUUGUGACGUAUAAAUGACCUAUGCAGCAACAUUUGAGCUGAGAGCCCCGAUACGAUUUCUCAUAACGGCCGUACCAGCAUUAAAACAAACCAUUUUCAUCUGCACUACAUAUCCGUAAAAAUUUCAUUCACACAGAAGCUCUGCCAGUAUAUUCAAUGAGAUCAUUGGUUAACUGACUGAGCUGUUUUACACCAAAUUAUAGCGUUUGGUUCUCUCAUUUUUGGUGAAAAAUAAAUAUUUGCUAUGGACUGAUAUUAAAUGUUUGAAAAGAAUGCUUUUCUGCCUGUUUUUAUGAAAGUUUUUGUUACUUUUUUGUUUUGUUUACAUUUUUUUUUUUUUUGGUUGACCUUAUCUCUGUAUCGUUAUAUUAAACUAUAACCAGAUAAA